CGACAACCCACCAUUCCCAGAGCAGCCAGAUUGUAUGUUUUUUCUAUACCUAUCUUACACCAAGCUAUCGAUAUGUCCAAGCCUAAGAUUACCCUUUUCGUCGAUAUCGUGAGCCCGUUCGCGUACCUCGCAUUCUACGCUCUGCAUAACUUUCCGGUCUUCAAGCAAUGCGAGAUCAACUAUGUGCCGGUGUUUCUAGCGGGGAUUAUGAAAGCGUGUGGUAAUACUCCUCCGCUCAAGAUCAAGAACAAAGACAAAUACAUCAACACCGAACGCCUCCGCUGGUCUUCCCUCCUCAACAUCCCCAUUUCCCAAUCCCCACCCCCAGGCUUCCCCACAAACACAAUCCUCAUCCAGCGCGUGCUCACCGCAAUCUCCCUUUCGCACCCCACCUCCCUCCCCAGCGCUCUCGCUCUCUUCUGGCAGAGCUACUGGGUCCACUGGAACGAUCCUUCGACCGAGGAAAACAUGCUUGCCAUCCUCAGAACAGUUGUUGGAGGUGAUCAGGAAGCGAGGAAAGUGCUGGAAAAGAGUCGCGGGGAGGAGGUGAAACAGAAGCUUGGGGAGGAUACGGAGCGGGCGGUGGGAGAAGGGGCGUUUGGGCUGCCGUGGUUUGUCGCGACGAAUAACAAGGGCGAGACGGAGCGGUACUGGGGUGUAGAUCACCUGGGGCAAUUGUGCGAUCACCUGGGUCUGGAGCGGCCGGUGGGUAGGGGGUGGAAGGCGCUGCUGUAAUCGCGUGGCACUGAUCCACCAGACUUUAGAAUAUGUCUCAAGUGUAUU